AAGGUAAUGGUCACACGAGCAAAAGUAGGAUUGUGCAUGGAUAUGAUUGUGGAUAUAGGAGAUUAUCUGCCGCUGUGGCACUGUGCACGUAACUAUCGGAGCAGCCAUGGCUGAGUUUCAGAUUCGGAGGUACCGGGACGAGGACCAGGAGGCGGUUAAGGAGACUUUCAUGCUCGCCAUGAGCGAGCACAUUCCCUCCACCUUCAUGCACAUGCUCAGACAGCCCCUCACCCAGGCCACCCUCGCCUGCGUCUUCUGUGCCCUGCUGGCCACCUCGGGGUCCGUGCUCCUGCCCGUGCUGGCCGUCACCCUCCUUCUGGCCGGGGCUCGGCAGCUAGUGGACUACUCCUUCGCUCGCUACAUAGAAUCGUGCCACAGGGGAGGCCUGGACCGCGUGCGCGAGGCCUACAUGGAGGGGAAGGACUCCUGCUUCUGGGUGGCGGAGAGCGAGGGCCGGGUGGUGGGCACUGUGGCCUGCCUGCCCUCCAGGAAGCACCAGGGCGAGGAGUGCCUGGAGCUGAAGAGGAUGGCCGUCCGGAGGACCCACAGGGGGCUGGGCAUUGGCAAGGCCCUCUGCCAGGUGGUGGCAGAGUUCGCUAGGGAGAAGAACUACAGCCAAGUGCUCCUCUACUCCUCGGUGGUCCAGACAGAUGCCCAGAAGCUGUAUGAACGUGUGGGAUACAGGAGGGUGGGAGAGUCUGUUGUCCCACAGCUUCUGGCUAAGCUGCUGAACUUCACCCUCAUUGAGUACAGGUACAAGCUGGUUGAGGAUGAUGGAUGAGGAAUCCAUCAUCAUGAACAUGACGAUGAUGAAAGUAAUAAACGUGAAGAUCUUGAUGGUUUUAUACAUUUGGUUGAGUGCUAUUGCUUUGGAUUUGUCAUGUCUGGGAGACUGGGAUUCCCCCUUGGGUUAAAAUGUCCUCUGGAUUCAGGAAUUACAUUUUAUAAAGGAAUUUUUUUCCAAGUCGCUAAAAUGCCCUGUGAAGCUAGGCACGUUUAACAGCAAAUACAGCCUGUCAAAACAACAGACUCCAGAAGCAGAAGUACUGAUAAAUUCCCCAAGAUGCAAUCAAAUGCAUAUAGCCAGUCAAUUCCAUAAAUCAAAAUUUUUUUUUUUUUUUGGAAUAUGAAAUAAAAAGAAAGUACCCGCUCUUUCAGUUCUAUGGUUUUCUGUGUUAGGUCAAAACAUACCCUCAUCUAUUCCUCACCAAGUCCAAAUCUAACCUCAUGGGACUGUAAACACUAAAAAGUGCACCCUUACUGCUUUUGUAUCAAUUCAGAUGGUCAUUAGGUAAUUACAACCAAUCAAGUGCACAAGAUUAGUUGAUAGACAGGAAGUCCUACCACCUGUAUAUAAAAGCAGACAAUUUGGUCUGGAGCAUUCAGGUUUGUGUUAACGAGGACAAAAGGUAUCUGUGAUGUAUUUCAAUUGUUAUACCUCAGGGGUCCCCGUAGGCGCUCCCAACGGCAUGGGCUAAUUGUACAAUUGAGUUUGUAUUUGAGACAUUUAUAUUUUUAAAAAAAUGUUCUAAUAUGGGAGAGUCAGAAAUGAAAGUAAACAUGGAUGGAAGUUUUAAAACGCUACAAAAAGCAUGUUCUGGUCCUCACUCCUGGUCAUGGGGAGCAGCCCGGGUCUGCUGUCUUUUGUUACUCAGCACUUGUUAUUAGCACAGCAGUCAAUCAAUUUUAAAACCAUUUAUUACAUGGUUAACUCAGGUCACCUGGUUUCUUGGGUCUGAGUCGUUCAUUGGUCUUAAAGAAAAAACAAAAACCAGCUGAUUGUGGCUCUCCAGGACCAGGGUUGAGUAUAAUUGCAGUAAAAAGAAAAAUGCGUCCUUAUAAAGCAGGGGUGUCCAAUCUUAUCUGAAAAGGGCUGGUGUGGGUGCAGGUUUUUGUUUUAUCCCAGCACUAAGACUCCUGAUACUACUGAAAGACUUGAUUUAAUACCAUGAUUAAUAAAUUAUUUGAAUCAUGAAUUCAUUUUAUUGGACUUUUUUGCGCAAGUUAAAUGUUAUAUCUGCUUAAUUUUUAAAUGUGGCCACUGCUUCAUGCCCCUGUGCAACAUUAAUCAAUCCAUUGAUCCUCUUUCGUCAUUGCCUCCACCCUGCCCACAUCUGUCGCCACCUGCUGCUCCCCAUCACCGCCACCCGGCCCCACCCAUCAUUUGAGCCGCAUCAUACACUCUAUAAAACUGACUGACAUGUUGGCCACCAGUCGGUACCCUGAGCCGUCCAGAGGAGGAUGGGUUUCCCCCUGGAGCCUGGUUCCUUCCAAGGUUUCUUCCCAUCUGCCACAGGGAGUUUUUCCCCUUGCCACUGUUAUCUUAGGCUUGCUCCUGUGGGGGUUUAGGCCAAGGUUGUCUGUAAAGCGUAUUGUGACAACUGCUGUAAAAUACGCUAUACAAAUAAAAUUUGAUUUUGAUUGUUUAUACUUGCUUAUUAUACUUGCAUUUUUGGUUAAAUAGUGACACUUAUCUUAAGUUAAAGUAAAAUUGGUUGUGUUAUUUUUCACAGAAAUCUACAUUUAUAUACUGUACUGGACUUGGUGAGGACUUAAAGAAGGUUAGUUGUGUCCUAAUAUGUAGCCUAAAAUAUUAGGUUACAUAUUAGGAAAGGAUGUACUUUCUUUUUCACAUCCCUGUCUGCCUUAAGCAGUCAAAGUGCAUUUGAUUGAAUCCAGCCCAUUUUCAUUGAAAGUCAUAUAAUUUUCAUAAUCAUCAUUUAAUUAAAGCUUUUGAAACAAGA